UCUAAAUAACGACUCUAUAUUAACAAACAGAUUUUAAAAUAGAACUUUGCGAUACAUUUUGCAAGUUAUGGCAGCAAAAGAAAAAGCGAGUUGGAAAUCAUCAAUUAAUGAUACUGGAGAAUAUGUAAGAAAGCAGUCAAAAUUUAGGAACUUUAUUACAGCUGAUGGAUCUUCUGGAUUUCCAGCCGAGGCUAAUCGAUACCACCUCUACGUAUCAUUGGCAUGUCCAUGGGCACAUCGUACGUUCAUUUUUCGGAAACUAAAAGGAUUAGAUAAUAUUAUAUCAUGUACAGUCGUUGAUUGGCUACUUACAGAAAAAGGAUGGAGUUUUACUGAUAAGAGACCUAAAUGCACCCCAGACACCAUAAAUGGCAAGACUUAUCUCCGAGAAGUGUAUGAAAUUGUCGAUCCUGAUUAUGAUGCAGUUGUGUCCGUACCAGUAUUAUGGGAUAAAGUUCAAGGAAUAAUUGUAAAUAAUGAAUCGAGUGAAAUAAUUAGAAUGCUUAAUUCAGAAUUCAAUGAAUUUUGCCCAACAGAAGAACAGAAAUCGUUAGAUUUAUAUCCUGAAGAACUUCGCUCCCAAAUUGAUGAACUCAACAAAUUGAUUUAUCCGGAAAUUAAUAAUGGUGUUUACAAAUAAGGUUUUGCAACCAAGCAGGAUGCAUACAAUACAGCUGUAACGACUCUGUUCAAAUCUCUUGAUCGAGUUGAAGAAAUACUUUCUAAUAGGAGAUUUUUAACUGGAGUUCUUCUUACUGAAGCAGACAUUCGCCUUUUCACAACUCUUGUCAGAUUUGACAUGGUUUAUGUAGGACAUUUCAAGUGUAACAAGAAGAGAAUUGUAGACUAUCCUAACAUGUGGGGGUACGUAAAGGAUAUUUAUCAGACCGCUGGUACAUCAGAAACAGUUGAUCAUCAACAUAUAAUGUGUCAUUAUCAGCAAAGCCAUACAUCUAUUAACCCAUACGGAAUAGUAUCAAUAGGGCCUGAUAUUGACUUCAACGAACCACACGGAAGACAGUAAUAAGAACGGAGAACAAGGGCAUCUGAACAAAUGACUGUAAUUUAUUGCAUAAUGUAGACCAUAUAUCUAUAAUAAAGAAAAAUAUUUUGUUA